AUGACGCCGGAAGAGCAGCUGGAGGACCUGCAGAGGCGCUUCCAACUGCUGGAAGGUGAACGCAAAGCAACAUACGAGACUGCCAAGCUGAACAUACAGCAAAAUAAGGAGAUCAUAGGCCAGAUGAAGGAUGAGAAUAAAACGCUUCGAAAUCAGAUUGCAACGCUGCGCGAUGAGAAGCCGCAGUCUUUAGAGAAGAUCCUAGAGCAGACCUGCCACGAAGUUCAGCAGAUGCAAAGGAGAUUCGACCUCCUGAAGAACGAGAACAACAAGAGGCGAGGGCACAUAGAGCAGCUGAGCAUCAAGCAGGGCGAGCUCUCCAUGGGCUCCAAGAUGCACUCUAGUGAAGCAUCUCCAGAGAUGCGACAUAUCCGAGUCUUGGAGAACCGGCUCGACAAGGUGAUGAUCAAGUACAAUGAAGCGCAGAGCAUUCGGAAAACCUACGAGGCCAUCGUCAAGCGCUUGAAAGAUGAGCGCAUCGGCUUCGACAACCAGCUGGCGGCCAUCGAACGAACCUUGAAGGCCAAGGAGCGCGACUAUGAGGAGCUUCUUCUGCUUUCUCAUGAUGCCUACCACGCCAAGGAGAUGGCGCAAGCCGAGCUACAUCGCUUCGAGCAGGGGGUGAUGGAAGAAAGAAAUCAGCGGGACAAGGAGGUCCAAGAAAAGAAGAUUUUGGUUGAGCAGCGUGUCGAGAUGAACAAGAGACUGGAGCUUCGAGAGAAGAGUCUGAAGCAGCAGCCCGAGACAGACAAAGGACACGAUCGGUCGCUGAAGGAGGCAUCGGUUGCAUCUGAGUUCACAGCAGGCUACUCCGGAGAUGCGGCACAAGAGGAGCUUCAGAAGAUCAUGGACUACAAGGAAGCAGUGCAAGCAAUCAAAGAUGCCACAGGUGUUAGCGAUGCCAACGAGAUCAUCCAGAAGUUCCUCACGCAGGAGGACACUCAGAAGAAUUUGCAGCAACUCACCAAGGAGAAUCAGGAGACCAUCGACAGGCUCACCGAAGAUCGCAAGAAGCUGCGCCUUCAGGUGGAGGACUUGAAGUUCUCCAGCGGUGGGCAAGGAGGCCGUCGGCAGGCCAUUGACGACUUCGAGUCCCAUCUGGGGGAGGCGACAGAGAAGUUUGAGCGCAACCGCGGCAAGUACGAGAGGGUGGCGAGGCUUCUGAUAGACAUGAAGGCUGGCAUUGGGCACCUGUCGGAGAAGCUUCAAGUCGUGAAGCUGGAGGGCGAGACAACUAUAGACCCGAAUGACGAUAAGAUCGAGGUUGAGCACAUGUUGGAGCAGUGCGAACUGAAGAUCUCGAAGCUUCUAAGUUUGACUGCUCCGUUGGAAGACGUCAGCGACCGUCAGCGACGAAUGGACGACGAGAAAUACGAGGAGAAGCUCAUGCUGCGAAGCCAGUCUGAAGCCCGCAUCAAGCUCAACGUCCAGGAAGAAGAGCAUGAUGAUGACGACGAUGAUCUCGACGAAGAGCUGGACGAUGAAGUUUCACAUCGGAAGCAGAUCAAAUACAACAGCGAGCGUGUUGAGCAGCAGCAGCAAAUCAGAAACAAGCGGAAGGCUAAGGGCAAGAAAAAGGAUGCAUGA